AUGUAAAACAAUUCCCCGAUCAAAGGAAGAAGAAUUUCAAAUCAAAUCAAGUUGAGUGGUAAAUUAAUGAAAAAGAAAACGACUUCUGAAAUUGACAUUAUUGGACCAUCAGAUUAAGAUACCAGUGCUGUAGAUCCUAUUUAAAUUGUUUAGUAUGACAACUUUAAAUCCAACAUUAAAUAAUGCAAAAGUGAACUCAAAGUUGGCAAAAGUGCUGAUAAAAUAAAAAAAAAAAAGUCUUUAGAUCGUAAUGCUGCAAUAAAAAAGAGUCAAUAAUUAUAUUAGAAGAAGAAGAAAUCCUCUAAAAUAAAAAAAAGUGUGAGUGCUGAAAGAGUACAAAGUUAAACAAUUGAGUUUUCAUCACCAGAUUAUGUUCGUCGUAAAAAGGCUGCCACAUUCUUCAAUGAUAAACCAAAUAAUAUUCAAGAGCAUCGUGAUAGGCUUGGUUUGAGUUUUUUGAAUAAAAUUGGAAUCAAAAGAGUAGAGCAAAUUCUUGAGCGUAUGUUUUGUGGCUAUAUUUGUGUGUAGGUAAUCGUAUGUCCUCCAUUGAACAUUCACAUCAUCAACCACUUACACCUGAAAGACAUUAAUAUCCACAACAACUCAAACAUUAUAUGAAAGAAAAAAAAAAAUUUUAUUCCUAACUUGAGUCUGUCAAAUAAUAAUCUUUUGUGUAAAAACGUAAACAUAUCAAUGACAAUUUACGUUCUCUUGCUGAAAUUGCAAAGCGAAAUUCUUUAUCAAAUAGUAGAUCCCCUCCUAGAGAUACUUCCAAUAAAGCAAGUGCCAAACCACUAAUGCUAAGUUAUGUUGCAAAUCGUAAGAGUACUUCUAGGAAGUCUGGAGCACCUAAAUCAUUAAAAGAAUAAUUUAAAUAAUUAGAGGCUCGUUAUAAGACUUUUAAAAGUAAUAGUGAUGUUAUUUCAAUGAGAGAAUCUCGAAACUAUGAAAUGGAAAUGAAAGAUCAAGCUGCAAUGUGCAUUUAAAAAUGGUUUAGAGGACAUAUGAUAAGAAAGAUAUUGAAGUAAAAAAAAGAAAAGAAAUUAGCAAAAUCUUAAUAAUUUAAAAAACUCAAAGAUCAAGAAAUAGUUCGUUGGGAGAAUUUAAAAGAAUUUCUUUAAAAAUUAUAAGUAAAACAAGAUAUGAUUGUGAUAUCAGAAUUAUUUGAGAGUUUGAUAAAACAUAUAGAAUUUAAUAAAGAAAAUGUGUUCAGCGAUAAUUUUGAAUAUCCUUAGUUAAAAUUAAAACCUUCGAAAUUGAUUGUAGAUAGAAGAGAUGUUUUUCCAACAUAGAUUGGAUAGAUUUUAUAACUUAGAGGAUAGUUGAUAAAGGAGAGAGAAGAAAGAGAGAAAAAGAUACUAAAGGAUAUGUUAGUUUAAUAGAGAAUAUCACCUAGAUCUUUUGGGGUAAAAGAGUAAGAGAUAAUGAAGUGGGGAGAGAAGGAAAUAGAACUUUUAGAGAAUAAUAAAAAGGUAAUAAAAGAAGGAUGGUAUAAAGCUUAUGAGACAAUUUAGAAAACAUAGAAGGAUUUAAAAUUUGUAUAAAAGUUAGGAGUUGAUAAUUUUAAUAAGAUGAUGCCUGUAAGUUUAAGUUAAAGUAAUUUAUUAAAGAAUUAAUUGAAUGAUUUAAAGAUAAAUGUAUGAAAUAAUAAUAUAAUUUAGCUUUUGAGAGUAAGUUAUUCUGAAGAGAAUUUGCUUGAUUAAUAAAAAAGAGUAUAAUAAUAAGAAUAAGAAUAAUAAUUAGUAUCAUAUAAUUCGAAUUAAUCAAAUAAGACUCUUUCAUCAUACAUUUAAGGAUUAGAAGUAAUAAAUUAUUUAAGUAAGGGAUGUUCCAUUGGAAAUGGAAGAGUAAGGAUAGAGAGAGAAUAUAUAGUAGAUUUAGACUCAUGUAGGAUAUAUUCGUUAAUAUUUGGAAGAGAUAAAAUAAAUAGUUAAAAAUAAAUAUGAGGAUCAAUUUUUGCAAAUAGUAAAUUUGGGUAUUGGUCCAUCUCCAUUUGAGAUUUUAAGAUUCUUUAGAUUGACAGAAGAGAUGCUUGAGUAAUCAGUAGAGGGUGGUUUUAUUCAUUAAGCAGUGUUAGGAUUAGAGAUUUUUACAUAGAAAGAGUAAAUAAAUUAAGAGGAAGUUUGUAUGAAUGAGAUGGAGAGAAUUCAUAAUAAAGCUAUAUUCGAUGCAUAUAAUGAAUCAUUGGAUUAUCUAAGACCAUUCGGAAUAAAGGGUUAUCCAUUGCCUUGGAGAAAGAAUGUGGUUUCUCGUUAGGUGAUAGAAGUAGAAGAAACUUUAAAUAGAUCAGCCAAGAGGGUAAUAUAAUGGGCUGAAAAUUUAUGUGGAAUACAUUUACCUUAAGGUAGUCAAAUUGAUAAUGAUAUUCUACCUUAAGUUAGAGAAGAGAGAUUAGAUAAGAUGCUAAAGUAAGAAGUAAGUAUAAUUAUGAAAGUUUAGGUAAUUGAAAAUGAUGAUAGAUGGUAAGAAUUUGAUGAAGAACAUACAGAGGUCACUUUAGAGUUAAGUGAAUUAGUUUUUAAUCAUCUUAUUACUGAAGUGAUGUAGGAAUUAAGAAAUUGA